GCCAAACAUGGCGAAAAUUCAAGUUUGUUUUUGUUAGUGAGUUUUCCAGAAAUCAAAGUACAUUGGAGACUUUUUUCACAUUAUUUUAUCGUCCUUGAUGACCUUGGUUAUAAGAAAAAGCACUUAAUAGUGUUGUAGAAAUUUUCCGUGGAAAGCUUGCCGAGUUCGGCCCACUUUGCGGAAACAUUUUCUGCAGUUGGAGUCGAUAGCAACAACGUAUUGGUCCGAUUGGUCGUUGCUUUUUCUGCACAGUGCAAUUUUGAGGCACUCUUGCAACCCUAAUAGGACGCAAGGGAUGCUGCUCCUAGCGUGAUGGAAGUCGGCGACGCGCAGUCUGUUAGCAGUAACGACACCAUUGACGCGUGCCCUCCACAGGAUGUGCCACCAACAUCAGAGUCGCAAGAAAAUGCUGAAUACGUCAUCUCAUAUACUUCAGGGCCACCUGUCCCAUUGGAAGAGGAACAGCCACAACAAUCAGUGGCAGUUCCCGAGGUCCGCCCUGUUCGGAGGAGCUGCAGAAUGGCAGCUGCUCUUGUGAGAGCCAAUGCAGCUUCAGCAGCUGCCAACAACAACAAUGAUCUUGCCCCAAAAGAUCUCAGCUCAAGACACUUAUUUUCUCAAAAUCACAGUAAAAAGGUGAUCAAACAUGCCUUGCGUCAGCAAGCCAAGCGACGAAGGAAAAACACCACAUUUGCAUCAGGAAACUCGAUUGCUCCGAUCCCGAGGCUAGUGGUGAAAACCUCCUCUUUAGGAUGCUCAUCACCUGUGCCUCCUCCAGCUAUUCCAAAAGCUUCAACCAUGCAGGAAGUUUUGGCAUCAAUUCCAGGUUUCAACCUGAAGCACCGCAAGAAGUCGGCAAGAAAACUCUCGGCAGCCGCACAGUUGGAGCAGACCAAGGAGGGCCUCGUAGACCUAGAGACACCAGAUUCGAUAUUUGCUGUGCUGAAUCUGUCCAAACUGUUGACUCAAGAGACACUGUCCCAGCUUCCAUUAUUAUAUCAACAAAAGCUGCUACAAUUACUUCCGGAAGUGGACCGCCCUUCUUCAUUCAGCGGUUUUAAGAAGGACUUUACUGGUCUCAGCAAUGAGUUUUUUGCAAAGGCUUGUCUUGAAUGGAGAAGAAGAUUAGCUGAAGGCAAAUUCAGCUCUGAAAGCCAACAAAAGCUUAAAUUUGAGUCUGAGAAGAGAAGGAAAGGACUCGAUCCGUGGAAGAGUAAACACUUUGAAGCCAUUUGGGGUGAGAGAGUGGGAGAGCCGUUAGAAGAAGGUCUUUUGUGCACACUUCCAAGUACUUCAUCUUCAAACAAAUUCAACUGUCUGCCAGCCUCUCUCACGCCUCCAGUGUCCAUAUUACCUGAACAAAAGACCAGUCCUUGCAUUUCUCCAGUGGUGAUUACACAGUCACCUGUUGAGUCGCCCCCAGUGCCUGCUUUAACGCCUCCUCCAGAAGAGCCAUCGCUUCCUCAAAAACGUCCAGCUGAAGACGCAGGGAGCAUUACAAAGAAGGCAAAACUGAAUGAUUCUUUAGAGGCAGAUUUUGCAAAUGCUCAAGAGUUAGUUCAACAGUCUUGUUCUCCAGCAGAGAUGGAAAAUGAAGAUUUGGAAAAUAUUGAUGAUUUGAAGAAUGGAGAAAUAAGUCUCGAAGCACAGAGAGACUUGGAAAACUUUGCUUCACAGUCUGCUGAGCCGCCAAUUGCAGAAAUGCAGCCAGAAGCUAAAGAAAAAUCUCCUUCAGAAUUUGAAAUUCCUGGCGACUGUGAUCCUCCAAAGCAAGAGGAUGCAUGUGAGGACGAGCCAAUCGCAGAACUCCGUGUAAAUGUGGUGGAAGAAGUGGUUGAAGAUACUGUGAUCGAAACACCAAUCAGUUCAAUUGUGGUGCCUUUGGAACAGAAUCAUCCUCAAAGCACUGUUGACUCAUCAAAUUUGUUUGAAAUAGCCCAACAGAUCUCACAUGACAAUGAUGCUGAUCACGACCAAGUGAUAGAGGAUGUGCUCAAGGCUGAGGAAGAGGGAGUAGUCAAAAGCUUAGCUAAUAAUGAUGUUCAUACCGAACUUCUUCAGCAAGCCGAAUCGGAUCUACUAUUGCAAGCUCAGUUUUGGUCAAUGGAUCAAAACUCAGCCAAUCUUUUGGGCACACCCUCUGAAUCAAAUGUUGGAAAUGGCAAUGAUCGUGUUGAUAACGUGGCGGCAUUGGCUGGCGAGAUGGAGCUGGUUGUUGGCCAGAUUGUAAAAGACAUGGAGCUGAAUCAGUCGUCCAUAAUCAUGUCGGACGGUGUUAAUAAUGUUGGAAUGUCAUCAGUUGAGUGGCCUAUGUUUACGAAUAGCAACGCAAACGUCUCAAACAUGCAGCAAAAUCUCCAGUCUGACAAGGAGGAUACACAGCUAAACAUGUAUGUGCCUCAAAAAACUGAUGUCUUGCCGGAUCAUUCGAAGCUUGAGCUUGACAUGAACUUUUCACCUCAAGUUGUCACAACAACUUCACCCAUGGUUCCGUCGGUAUCUAUACCCUCUGCCCUGAUACCACCAGCAUACUGCUCUGAACCCUUGCAGAUGCCUCCCAUUCCCACACCCCUUGCACCAUCCCAACCCAUAUACUCCAGUUCUCCAAUGCAGCAACAAGUAUCAGCUGCCCCAAUCAUGACCCCAAUUCCUCUUCCGCUAUCACAACACACACUACCAGUGAUGCAGCCAUUGCUAGGACCUAACAUGAGGGCUCAGGUAAUCUCGACCGUACAGCCACAGCUUGUGAAUUGUGUGGCAGCUGUUCGUCCAUCUAUUCCUGCAAACCUCAUACCAAAUGUUACGACAACGGCAAUUAAACAGCCAACCUCUACUUCACCUGGACCCAUUAUGAGUGGUGCCAACAACGGCAACAAUUCAGCAGCCUUGGUGGGUUCCAGUGUUAAAGUCCCUGUCAAAACAAAGCCCCAGGGUGGACGUGGUUCUCGGUCGAACAGCAAAGCAACUCCACCAGGUGCUGUCAACUUGGAAAGGUCUUACCAGAUCUGUCAGGCGGUGAUUCAAAACAGUCCCAAUCGCGAGCAGCUGCAAGGCCAACUCAAAUUACCUCCCUCCUUGGUCAACAAGCAGGCCACAAUACCCUCUCGAGCAAACCAGGCUCCUCAGCGACCACGUCUGCCACCGAAACCUGCCAAGCUGCCAGUUCCUCCUCAAAAUGCAAACCGUAUGACUUCCAUAGUACUUCGGCAGGUCUUUUCUCCUCAGGGCGUGCCUGUCACAAUGGCAGUGUUGCCUCCCAACCAGGUUGCUGCUGCUGUGGCCGGCCGAAGAAAUUCGGCCAACGGAGCGCCACGACCUCUACCUUUGCCACCCCUACAAGUAGUGGACAAGAAUGCAUCUACUGCAGGGGGCACCCAGUACAUUUUGGUGCAACGGCCGGCAUUGCCAGCACCUCCUCGGGCCUCUAGCGCCCCACCUGUGCCUCCAGCAACUGUUGGUCUUCCUCACUGUGGUCGGCCAGCAAGUGUCGACACAUCAAAUCAGGAGAAGGCCCCACAGCAAUUGCUUGGGCGGAAAGGACAUCCUGGGGUCCCUCCGGGAGCGCAGUCCUGUGUGUGCAAUUUGAAAGCGAUGAUUGUGUGCCAGAAAUGUGGUGCUUACUGCCAUGACGAUUGCAUCACUCCAAACACUAGACUUUGUGUCACAUGCCACAUUCGCUAGAGUAUUUUUGGUGAAUGCUAUAUUUAUUUUUCAACCAGUCUGUGAUUGUUGUUUGCAUGAAUGGAUAUUCUCAUUCUUGUUUGCUCUGUUUCUUUGGGCGCCUUAUGUUUGUUUUAUCUACUUGAUAUGUAACUUGUGCCAGUAAUCUUUUGAUUUUUGCCAAUGCUGUAUACUUUUUGCCCAUUUUGUUCCAAAAAUUCCAUUUCAUUACCUUGAAUAUUUGAAACACAAUUAUCAAAGUUAAAAGAACAAUAUUUUUCCAAAUUUGCACGAGUGUAUAACCUGGAAUCUAUUGAAAAUGGAGCGCUUAAUAACACAAGAAUUUCUUAAAAUAUUGAUUGCAUAUUAUGAAAAAAGAUUGAGUAGACGAAAUCUUAUAUUGUAAAAGCGAAGGGCCAGAUAAAAAUUUAUAAAAUCAAACAAUUUUUCACCCCACUUGUACCUUGUUAGAGAUUUCCACCACUAAUAUUUGAAAUGUAAUUCUAAUUUUAUUGUUUGUAAAACAACACAGAAUUAAAUGUGGAUAAUUUUUAUUAAUCAUAGUUGUUUUUGCAGUGCAGGAGAUCAAAUAUGUUAACUCUUUAAUAUUUUGCUUGCAUCUUUUGGUCUCCAAAGCUGCUGCAAGAAUUGUAAUUGCUGCUUAAUCCAUUGUGAUGAUUUUCCUCUAAGCGCAAUUUCUACCUCACAUACAAAAUAAUUGGUCAAAUUUAUUAUAUAAACACUUAACUCAUUUCAUUUGCAACUUUUGUUCAAAGAGCCUCAUCACAACACUAAAGGAAAGACUGAUGGUGUGCUUGCUUGCUAUUGCCUGUGUACGAUGACAACCUGCAAUUUUUGUUUAGGCAAACUCUUAAUUUUACUCCAAAACUCAUGAAGUCUUACUGAUUUAUCUAUUUUUUUUUUCUUGUGAUGUAAUUGUUAUCAAUGUAAAUUUGGUCUUAAGCCGUAUGCGCACUCUACUUGAAUGUCUUACAUGCAUUGCAAAUAUUAUAAGGAAAAUUGCUGUUGUUGUGAUUAUGAAAUGUGUAGAUUUAUAAAUUAUUGCUUACCAGUAAACAAGCAAACACAGUAAUGUGGCAUCUAUUUUCUUAAAGAAAAGUGGAGACAAAGCUUCACUAUGUUGCCCGCACAGAGUGAGGUAUGUAAAUUUGCAAAAAUCUGGGCACAACUCUAUUUAUACGGUACAUUCGUAAGGCUUUGUAUAAGAUGAUGAUCAUCCGAUGUGACAAGACAUAAAUAGAAAAUAAAUACAACAUUCAUUCUACACU